AUGCCUGUUGUAUCUGUGCAGUUUUGUAAAGAUCUUAUUGUAGGAAAAAUUGUUCAUGAAGUGCAGUUGAAUAAUGAAGACCAUUUACAACUAGUUAAAAUAGAGUUUUCAUCCAACACCACUGGACCUUUUAAUGUUGUUAGUAUGGAAUAUAACAUGGUUGAGGCAAUUGAAGAUUGGGAAAACAAAGUCUUAACUCAUUUACCAACUUUUACUAUUUCUGAUCACUCAAAUGCAUUGGAAAAGUUACAGUAUGAUAUUGUUAAAUGGAUUUGUGAAAAUAAUGGUGAAUGGA